AAAUAAGAACUUUCAGAUCUAAGACUGAGCCGGCACAGCAGCUCGGUGGUUAGCACCGAUGCCUCCCACCCUCCUUCUGGGUUCGAGACCUCAGGCCUCUCUGGGUGGAGUUUGCAUGUUCUUGUGUCUGUGUGGUUUUCUCCAGGUACUCUGGUUUCCUCCCACCUCCAAAGACGUGCUCGUUAAGCUGAUUGGUGACUCUAAAUUGACCCUAGGUGUGAGUGUGAAUGGUUGUUGGUCUCAGUGUUAGCCCUGUGAUAGGCUGGUGACCUGUCCAGGGUGUACCCCGCCUCUCGCCUGAUGACAGCUGGGAUAGGCUCCAGCAACCCCCGCAACCCUAGAUCAGAUGAGAUCUAGGACUGAACUGAUUCUAGUCUCCAAGUUAAAGAUUUGUUACUGUGUUCUACAUCGCUGAAAGAUUAUGUUUGUUAUUGACCCCAGAUCAUCACUGUGGCAUCUCAGACUUUUUGAUGUUGUGUGUUGUCCAUAUGAAGCGCGGGAACAGUUUGCAUCUAGAGAGUGAGGGAAAUUUAAGACAACAACACAACAAACAGCGAUGGACCCUUCGGAAGUCGAGUUCCUUGCAGAGAAGGAGUUGGUGAAGAUUAUACCAAAUUUCAGCCUCGAUAAGGUCUUCUUGAUCGGGGGUGACCUGGGUCCCUUCAACCCAGGACUGCCUGUUGAUGUUCCCGUUUGGCUGGCUCUAAACUUCAAACAGAGGCAGAAAUGUAGGAUUGUUCCCCCUGACUGGAUGGAUGUUGAGAAACUGGAGGAGAUGCGAGAUCUUGAGAGAAAAGAGGACGCCUUCACACCUGUUCCCAGCCCUUAUUACAUGGAGCUCACCAAACUGCUGCUGAACCAUGCGUCUGACAACAUUCCUAAAGCCGAUGAGAUCCGCACGCUGGUCAAAGACAUCUGGGACACUCGUAUCGCCAAACUUCGCCUGUCUGCCGACAGUUUCAUCAGCCAGCAGGAGGCUCAUGCCAAGCUGGACAACCUGACUCUGAUGGAGAUCAACACCAUACGAACGUUCCUCCUGGAUUCUCUCAACUGCAUGUACAAGCUACGCACCAAUCUGCAGCCCGGUUCCAGCAAGGGACAGUUCACGGACUAUUGAUUCAGGAAGGCCAGGGCCAGGGCCAGGGCCAGGGCCAGGGCCUGCCGAAUCCCAUCUGGAUCUUGUCCCAAGAAUUUGGGAAGACUUCCGAUUACAGAAAAGACUGUUCUCUCAGAAACUGAAAAGUUUUACUCGGCAUUUUAAGGGAUCGUGCUUCUUCCGACGGAGACGCACGUCAAAACAUACAUAUUUAAAAGCUUUAUGUGCAUCUGCUGUUAGCAGUAAGUGCUUGUUUAAUUUAAUCGUGUUUAGACAUUGGUUCACAGUAGAUUAAAGCAGAUGCCAUUUCUGGACGUUUCAUAAUGUGACAAAAUAAAUGUAUUUGUGGGUCCA